AUGGACUACACAACCAAAAUCCGAUCCACCCUCCAAACCCAAUCCUUUCCGAUCCCUUCCCUCCCCUGGACCACAAGCCUGACCUCGCGCGUCCCGACCCCCCCGCUCCCCUCCCUCAUCGCGACCGCCAAAGCCCGCCUCCUCGCCUCGGACCUCACGACGCCAGGCCUGCUCGACCCCUCCGCCACCGCGAGCCUCCCCACCGCAAACCCUGAGCUGUCCGAAUCGAUCCUGCAGCGAGAGGUUCCCUGCCAGGUCCUCGACGUCGAGAACCUGAGCCUCUCGCGCUGGGAACAGGUCGAGGAGCUCGAGGCCGUCGCGAGGGGGGAACAGACGACGGGGCGGAGGGUCGUGAGGCUUGCUGCUGCGGCUGAUGAGCCCGAGUAUGAUAAUAUCGACGAGGGCAGCGGCGGCGGUGGUGGGGUGGGUAGUAGAGUUACGCAACCGCAACAGCAGCAGCAGCAGCGACGGAACGCUACGCACCGGCUGGUACUGCAAGACUUCAAAGGCACCAAAAUUUACGCGCUGGAGCUCAGACGGGUAGACAAGAUUGGGAUCGGGAGCACGACUAUCGGCGAAAAGAUUGUGCUCAAGAAGGGGACGGUCGUGGCGAGGGGCACUGUGUUGCUGGAGCCGGAUAAGUGCGUGAUGCUUGGGGGCAAGGUCGAUGCGUGGCAAAAGGCAUGGAUCGAAGGGCGGAUGGCGAGAUUGAAGGAGGCUGUCGAAGCGGAAAGGUGA